CAUUGGCUAAUGGCUUUAGCUCUUUUCGUAUUUUUGUCAGCCCUUUCCGGUUUAGUUCCCGGGGCUAGUAGCCGUAGUUUCGGUUUUAAUUAUUUUUUAAUCGCCCUUAAUCCAUCAAAAUGAAGAUCUAUAAGGAUAUUAUCACCGGUGACGAGAUGUUCUCGGACACUUACAAAAUCAAAUUAGUCGACGAAGUGAUUUAUGAAGUCACCGGCAAAUUGGUUACCAGAACACAGGGUGAGCUCAAAAUUGAGGGCUUCAACCCCUCUGCCGAAGAAGCGGACGAAGGAACCGACUCAGCUAGCGAAAGUGGAGUAGACGUUGUCCUUAACCACAGGCUGGUGGAGACAUAUGCCUUCGGUGACAAGAAAUCUUACACAUUAUACCUUAAAGAUUACAUGAAAAAAUUAGUAUCAAAAUUAGAAGAAAAAUCCCCAGACCAAGUAGACAUAUUCAAAACCAACAUGAACAAAGUAAUGAAAGACAUCCUCGGCAGGUUUAAGGAACUCCAGUUCUUCACAGGAGAGUCGAUGGACUGCGACGGCAUGGUUGCCAUGUGUGAAUACAGAGAUAUCGACGGAGUGGCCACACCUAUCAUGAUGUUCUUCAAGCACGGUCUGGAGGAGGAGAAGUUCUAAUUUUUUGUUAUAAGUGAUACUCAGCAUAUUCCAACUCCAACGCCUAUAUCUUUUUAUUUAUUUACAAUCAUGUCCGCACAGCUAAAUUGAGCUUCGGCUACUCCCCAUCACAAGGCUGAACUUUUGUAAAGAAUAAAUGUUGCAUAUUAUUGUAAUAAAUGUAAUUCAAUGAACAAG